AUGUGCAUAUCCAUCACUACAUCCACACAUUCAUUACACCAUGUGCACAUCCAUCAAUCAUGUGCUCAUCCACCUCUCCAAGGACACAUCAUUACACUAUGCACACAUCCAACACACAUGUGCAUAUCCAUCACUACAUGCACACAUCCACACUCUAUGCACAAAUCCAUUAAACCAUGUGCACAUCAAUCGCACCAUGAACACAUCCAUCACGCCAUGUAUACAUCCAUCACACUAUGCACACAUCCAUCACACCAUGUGCACAUCCAAUACUCUAUGCACAUAUCUAUUACACUUGUGCACAUACAUCUACCUGCACACAUCCAUCACACCAUGUGCACGUCCAUUUCUUCAUGCGCACAUCUAUUACACUAUGUGCACAUGCAUCACUCCAUUCACACAUCCAUCUCCCCAUGCGUACAUCCAUCACAAUAUGUGCACAUCCAUUACACCAUGCAUACAUCCAAAACACCAUGCACACAUCCAUCACACAUGUGCAUAUCCAUCACUACAUGCACACCUCCAUCACACCAGGCACGCAUCUAUUAA